AAUCUUUAUAAACUCUCAAUCUAACGACUAAUCAAAUUAUAUCGAUUUAAGUAAUGACCUGGAGGCAGGUUGUAGGGCGAUUUCUAUCAGAGCGGUACUUUUACUGGCGCCCUUUCGGAGACAAAGAAUUUGUCCGCGGCGAUAGCGACUCGUGAUCAGUAAAGACACACUCGUGUUGCCAACUGCAGGUCUGGCGGGAUGGUGGGGAGGAAAACGACAUUGUAAAGCCCGACUGGUGAGGCAUGUUCCUUACUCCUUACAUUCAGCCGCGUUCAGCUGUAUGUAAGUACGCGGACAAGAUCUAGCCAGCUGCGGCCUUCUUCGACCUUCCCCCCACCAGGCCGGAAUCGAGCCUUCUGGCCAGCUACACGAACCGGUACGCCAGCGUUCUAACAAGGAACAUCCGCGAAGACUCCGCCUUCGAUCUUCGUGAGACGCUAUCUCGUCAGGACAGUCGAAAACGGGCCACCUUUGCAAUACCUCGUCUCUUUGCGCUUUUAUGGUAUGUUGAUGAUAGUAAAAUGAAAACUUCAUUUUGUUACGUGAAGUAGAGUGUAGUAAUAGGACCAUAUAACGGAUAUGAAAGUAAAUAAAUCGCGAAAAAGACAAUAUACAGUUGGAACAAAUGAGCCACGUGCGAAUCUCAAUUUACUUCAUGAUAAUGUCAUAAGGGACCUGUAACCUAUUUUCACAUAAAAAUAUAACAAACAUCCAAUGUAACACAGAAGAAAAAUUGCUUUUUCAUGUUAAAAAACAGACUUUAUAAUUUUGGACGUUUUAUUUCGAACGUAUAAUAUGUCGUCAUAUAAAAAUAGCAAUAAACAUGUCAGCAAACGCAGAACAAGCAACGCCAAAUCGUUGCUAUUGCAAGACUCAAGAUGGAGAAAAUAGUUUAAAUAAGAUUGCAGAAAUUGUAACUGUUGUAAAUUUUAAAGUACAAAAAUUACGAGACGAGGUCAGCGCUCUUAAAAAUGUCAGUCUUGAUAAAGAAAAAAAGUUGUUUCAGAAAACUGAAACUGCUUGCAGACAUUCUUCUUGUUGCAGAAGUGAAUUUGACAUUUCCUCAAAUAAUGUAGAAUAUGAUAAAGUUACUGAUACAGAAAAUUCAAAGGUUCUUGCAAGUCUCAUUAAAAAUAAUUCGAUAAAUGAUUAUAUGACAGAAUAUACGAGAAUUGAUGAUAGGACGUCGAACCAUGUAAAAGACACAAAUAAUGUUUGUACGAACGAAAAAUUGCAAGUAACAGAUUGUAAGCCUAUUGUACGGAAGAGAAGAAAGAAGAAAAUUUCUCACGGAGUUCAGUGUGACUUAAGAAUGGAAUGUAAAAGGAAACGAAACUUUUUAAAUUGUUUCGUAACAGAAUCGCAUACUGAGGUACAUAAUCUGAGAUUGAAUAAGAAAAUGAAAUUUUCAUCCAAGAGUAAUAUUCACACAAUUUUUGAUCCCGAUGUAGAAAGGGUGAAAUUUAAAAAUAUGAAAGAACAGAAAAAUGAUCAAAUUUUUCAAUUAGACACUUACGCACAUGGCGAAGACAAUGCAGUUCGAGGAAAGGGCAGUCAGAUGAGUAAAUUAAUUAAAAAUGAACCUAAAAAGGAAAUAUCGCGAGAAAUCAAAAUGAUGGAAAACGAAUUGACCGAAUAUAAAGCGGACCUACCGGAAGGUAUGGGAGGUGAACGUGAAUCAUUCAAACAUUCGAUGACAAGUCGAAUGAGUGGUGGUGCAGAAAUUCGUGGGAACUACCUAAUUUCCGACUUCCAUAACAAAAUUCAAAAGAUUAAUUUAUACAAGAACGUAAAAUUUGAUGCAAUGAAUGUAAAAAGAAGAUUGGAUGCCUGUAUAAACGAAUUGAAUGGAAUAAUUGAAGACGUUUCUUUAAUUUUACCAGAUAUGAAUGUCCCGAAAAAAUUGCAAAAGUGAAAUAUAAAAAAUGUUCGAAUAAUGAAACAGAAGAUUUUUCAUUUUAAUAUCAUUUUCAGAUGAAGGCAUAAUAUUGAUUG